GCCGUCGGGGGUGUUCCCUGGGUUUGCCUCGCCGCCGCCGGGUCCCCGCACCCUGCCUUGGCCCGUGCACAGCCACUCUCCCUGCCCUCCUCGCCUUCACCAUUCCCGGGUUUCUGCCGUCCAGGCACCGGGGCCGGGUGAAUGAUGCCGUGGGAGAGUGGAGCUGAGAGCCUGGAGCAGCCAGCUGCGCAGGUGGGGACCGGUGCAGCCUCGGCAGUGGCCACGGCUGGGGCGGCCGGCGGCGGCCCGGACCCGGAGGCCUCCUCGGCCUCCCUGGGACGGCACCAGAGUCGGCUGAGCUGGCCACAGGUGAAGCGGCUGGACGCGCUGCUGAAAGAGCCGAUCCCCAUUCACGGACGAGGCAACUUCCCCACGCUGAGCGUACAGCCCCAGCAGAUCGUGCAGGUGGUCCGCAGCAGCUUGGAAGAACACGGACUGCGCGUACACAGCGUGCGCCUGCACGGCUCAGCCGCCAGCCACGUGCUGCACCCCGAGAGCGGCCUAGGCUACAAGGACCUGGACUUGGUGUUCCAGAUGGACCUGCGGAGUGAGGCGUCCUUCCAGCUCACCAAGGCAGUGGUCCUGGCUUGCCUGCUGGACUUCCUGCCAGCGGGAGUGAGCCGGGCCAAGAUAACGCCGCUGACACUCAAGGAAGCCUACGUGCAGAAGCUGGUCAAAGUGUGCACCGACCUGGACCGCUGGAGCCUCAUCUCACUGUCCAACAAGAGCGGUAAGAACGUGGAGCUCAAGUUCGUGGACUCUGUGAGACGCCAGUUUGAAUUCAGCAUCGACUCCUUCCAAAUCAUCUUGGACUCGCUGCUCCUCUUUGGCCAGUGCUCAUCCACACCUAUGUCGGAGGCCUUCCACCCUACGGUGACCGGAGAGAGCCUCUAUGGGGACUUUGCUGAGGCCUUGGAGCACCUGCAGCACCGUGUCAUCGCCACACGCAGCCCCGAGGAGAUCCGAGGUGGUGGCCUCCUCAAGUACUGCCACCUCCUGGUUCGGGGCUUCCGGCCAAGGCCCAGCACUGACGUUCGCGCCCUCCAGCGAUACAUGUGUUCACGUUUCUUCAUCGACUUUCCGGACCUGGUGGAACAGAGGCGCAUUCUGGAGCGCUACCUGGAGGCCCACUUCGGUGGAGCGGAAGCAGCCCGCCGGUAUGCUUGCCUUGUGACACUGCACCAGGUGGUCAACGAGAGCACAGUGUGUCUCAUGAGCCACGAGCGCCGCCAGACCCUGGACCUUAUUGCCAUGCUCGCCCUCCAGGCACUGGCUGAACAGGGCCCUGCUGCCAUGGCUGCCCUGGCCUGGCGACGUCCUGGCUCAGAUGGGGUGGUCCCAGCCACUGUUAAUUACUACGUGACCCCCAUGCAGCCUCUGCUGCCCCGAGCUCACUCCUAUCCUACCUGGCUGCCUUGCAACUGACUCUGAUCCUGGCCAGAAGGGAAUGAGCGCCAUGGGGUGGGGUGGGGUCAUCAGGUAUGUGUGGAGGAUGUAAGCAGACACAGGCCACCUGUGCCAGCUGGCCCGGCACUAUAGGGUUGGGCCUUUGAACAGACCAGACUUUCCUGCACAAGGCUCCUAGGGGCUUAAAGCCAAGUCAGGGUUCUUGACAGAAGGACCCCUUGGUCAUCACACUGCACUCUUGGACCUGCGUGACUGUGGGACACAGAGGCUACCUGUCUGGAAAUGACAAAGUCAGCUUGUGUGGUAGCCUCAGUAGCAUCACCAUGGGUUGAUUUCAAUGGCUUAGAAAAGGUCAGCCCACAGGGACCCAGACACUCCUCGAGUGGCCACAAUAUGAUAUCAUGUGACAGGGCUAUUCAGUUGGGGUACGGUUGGGCCAUUCACAGAGCCUGGGGAUCCAACCUCGCUGAUCACUAGGAAGAGGUAAACUAAGGUCUAGAGCAGCUCCUUGGGGUUUGGGUGGGAUGGGAGUUCAGUCUCCUGAAACCUCCUUGCCCUAAACUGUGAGGAUUUCCUGAGGGCUGUGAGGUUUACAGUGGACCGAUCUCCAAAGAGCCAGAGUUGGAUGCGACCCAUACUCGUCCCAGUGCCUCACCCAUCUCCUUUCCCUGUGCCUUCCAGGAGCCCGGCUGUCUGGGCACUAUUGUUGGAGGCUGCUGGGUUCCAAAGCUGCCACAGUCGAGUUGACCACUCCC